AAUGAAUUUUCUUUGAAAAAAUAAUUUUAAAAACUGUAUAAUAAAAUAAUUUUUUUGGUAAAAUAUAAUAAAAUAAUUUUUUUUUAAAAAAAUGAAAACAGAGAUCAAACUGACCAAACAAAAUUCUAGAAACAAAAUAUGUGUGUGAGGAUUGUUUUUCAAAACAAACAAAAUGAAAAUGUCUUUGGUUAUAUUAAUUUAAAAAUCAUUUUAAAAUUAAAAAAUAUGUUGAUAGUGAUAGUCAUAGGUAAUUAAUUGUAAUAAUUUAUAUAGAAAUUAGUCAAGUCAACUAUACUUUUCAAUAACCAAAUGUAAUAUGUUUUGAAAAUAAAAAAAUAAAAUGAAAAAAGAUGUUUUAAUUUUUUUAUUUUUAAAAACCAAAAAUGAGAAUAGUUUUAAAAACAAUUAAAUCCAAAUUAAAAAAUAUAUCUAAACGAGUUUUUUAAUUUUUAUAUUUUUAAAAACAGAAAAUAAUUUUUGAAAACAUCAAUCAAACAAUCCUUAAUGUCGUUUAGACUUCACCUUCAUUUAACUUGAGACGAGCAAACGUGAUCACCAUCGUUAUGGGUGGAUCAAUAUUUUUUAUUAGUAAUAGAAGACAAAAAUAUUUUAUUUUUAAAUUUGUUCACCGGCUAUAAUCAACAACAACAACAAUAACAACAAGCCUUUAUCCCACUAGGUGGGGUCGGCUACAUGAAUUGCAAGACGCCAUUGUGCUCUAUCAUUUAUCAAGCUUUUAGGAAUAUUAAUAAUUAAGAGAUCGCGCUCGACAACUUCCAAGAGUGUUCUCUUAGGCCUUCUUCUACCUCUCUUAAUCGGACUCAAAGUUAUAUGUUCCACUCUUCUCACUGGUGCCUCCCUUGGUCUUCUUUGUACAUGCCCAAACCAUUUCAACCGAUUUUCUACCAUUUUUUUCUCAAUAGGUGCCACCCUCACUUUUUCGCGCUUGAGAGUGGGCUAGUUGAGGAAAUUGUCAAGGAUGUGUAUAAAAAAUUAGACGAGGGACAGUUGUUUGUUGCUGACCAUCCAGUGGGAAUAGAGUCACGAGUUCAUGAACUGACAGAAGAAUGGGUAACAAAGGGAUCACAAAAAGCUCUUAUCAUAGGCCUCUGGGGGAUGGGAGGCCUUGGCAAAACAACUGUCGCCAAAGCCAUUCACAAUGCAAUUGGUCACCACUUUAUAAAAAAGAGUAGUUUCCUUGCAAAUAUCCGAGAAAAUGCAGAGCAUGUUAAUGGCUUAGUUAGUUUGCAACAGCAACUCGUUUCUGAUAUUUUUAAGACAGAAGUUUUCAAGAUACCAAACAUUGACAGAGGAAAGGAUAUAAUUAAGACAAGAUUUCCCGAGGUACAAACACUUGUUGUAUUGGAUGAUGUGGAUAAUUUGAGCCAAGUCAUGGCAUUCUAUGGAAAUCGUGAAUGGUUUUGUCCAGGGAGUGUAAUAAUCAUCACAACUAGAGAUAUGCAUCUGCUUGAUUCCCUUGAAGCUGACUCCAAAUAUGAAGUGAGAAAAAUGGAUGAAACUGAAUCUCUUGAACUGUUCAGUUGGCAUGCCUUCAAGCAAGAAACUCCCUCAAAAGAAUUCAUGGAACUCUCUAAAAGUGUAGUUGCUAACUGUGGAGGACUUCCACUUGCUCUUCGAGUCGUUGGUUCUCAUUUAUUUGGGAGAGAAAUUGGAGUGUGGGAUCAUGUGUUGUCCAUUCUGGAAAGGAUUCCGGAUGAUGAAAUACAAUCAAAGUUAAAAAUAAGUUUUGAUGGUUUAAAGGAUGAUAGCCUGAAGAAUAUAUUCCUUGACAUUUGUUGCUUUUUUAUCAAUAAGGACAGGAACUAUGUUACGCAGGUAUUAAAUGGAUGUGGAUUUAAUGCAGAAAUUGGAAUAGAAAUCCUUAUAGAACGUAGCCUAAUAAAUGUUAAUAUGCAUAAUAAGCUUGAAAUGCAUGACUUAUUACGUGAUAUGGGAAGAAAAAUCAUUCGCGAAAGCCCACCAAAGGACCCUGAGGAUCGCAGCAGAUUGUGGUUUCAUGAAGAUGUUCUUGACGUGUUAAAAGGACAUGUUGGAACAAAAACUAUUGAGGGUAUAUCUCUAAAGUUGCCAAGAACCCAUAGAGAGUGUCUAAUUGAUUCUGAGGCAUUCAAGGCAAUGAGGAAGCUCAGAUUGCUCCAACUAGAUUAUAAUGUAAAUCUUAAAGGAGAUUAUAAGCAUAUUCCCAAAACGCUGAGGUGGCUUUGUUGGCAAGGAUUUCCUUUAAAAUCCACACCUGACAACUUGUAUCAAGAAAACUUAGUUGUUAUUGACUUUAAAUACAGCAACCUCAGACGAGUUUGGAAGAAGCCUCAGUUGCUGCAGUGUUUGACAAUGCUCAUUCUCAGUCAUUCUCAUUACUUGACACGAACUCCUGAUUUUACUAAACUACCAAACCUCAAAAAGUUGGUGCUGAAAGAUUGUCCUAGCUUAAUGGUAGUUCACGAGAGCAUUGGAGAUCUAAAAAAUCUUCUCCUGAUAAAUCUAAAGGACUGCAAGUGCCUUAAAGAACUCCCUAGAAGUAUCUACAGGUUGAAAUCUUUGAAAACUCUCAUUCUCUCCGGUUGUUUAAAGAUUGACCAUUUAGAAGAAGAUAUUGAGCAGAUGGAAUCCUUGACCACUCUAAUGGCAGAUAAUACUGCCAUAACACAAGCACCCAGGUCAUUAGCAAGAUUGGAAGGGCUUGUACAUGGAUAUGUAUCUUUGUGUGGGUAUGAAGGAAGAGCACAAGAUAUAUUUCCUUCUCUCCUAUGUUCUUGGAUGUCACCCACCAACAUUCCCCAGUCCGAUAGUGAAACAUUUUUGCAGAGCAUGUCAACUCUAGUUUUCUCAGCUGUACAAAAUGGUAGCUUCCAGGGCCUAUCUCCAUUUCUGGGCGAUCUUGCUAGGCUUCGAGGUAUGUGGGAGGAGUACCGACCACAGUUUCGAUCCAGUGGAGAAAUGGCUAGACUUUUGGAUGCCUUGUUUAAGACAGAUUUUGUAGAAUUGAAAUCAACUUCACAUACACCACAACUCUCACAUAGGGAAGCUUCUUCAUCAUCUGAGAGUCAUGACCAAGUUCAUAUUGGAAGUCCAACAGACUCCUUCAAUUCUCUUUUAGUUCAAAUGGGAUUGUGCACUAAAGCAGACAUAUUGAAAGAGAAAAUUUUGCAGGGAUGCAGUGAAAGAGGGUUUGGUGACAGUUCUCUUCCCAACGACAAUCAUCCUGAGUGGCUAAGUUUCAAAGGUGAAGGAUCUUCAGUAUUGUUUGAAGUGCCUCUAAUAUUUGGCAGGAGCUUGAAAGGAAUGAUUCUUUGCAUUACCUAUUUGUCUUCUCAAGACAGCAUGACAUUAUAUCCUGUUGGUGUCUUGGUAUCAAAUCGUACAAAGGCUACCAUUAAAUUGUACGAGAAAGAUGCAACAACUACUUCGGAGGAUGAAGAGUGGCAAAACAUUAUUUCUAAUUGGGAGCCUGGUAACAGAGUGGAGGUUAUGGUCACUUUUGCAUGUGAAUUAACAGUGAAAAAAACAGCUAUCUAUUUGGUAUAUGAUGAAGAUGUUAGCAAGAGAAUUAGGUACUACUGAAUGUCUCCAAGAGCAUAAUUGUAUGAAUAAUGUUGUAUAUGCAAUCUUUGAUGCAAAAGCAAGCCAUAUUGCUGUGCAUGUUCAGACCUAAACUACAACAGGUUUUAGUUGUCAACUAGAUUGUGUUGGCCAUAGUAUCUUUUAUGUAUACAAUGGUAUGAAAUUUUAA